GCGGACGGGAGGCAGGGCGGCGGGGGAAGGAGGCCUGCUUGUACGCCUUCAGAGCUCCGGAGGCCUUUCUUCCAUGGCACCAGUGGCCUAGAACACUGAAGAAGAAGUAGGAGGAGGCUCAUCUCCACGUGCCUUCACCUUCCCUUCCCGGUCGCUGCUCCAAGGCGGGAGGCUCGUCACGAUGCGGUUCAAGACGUCCAUGCUGAACAAACCCAAACACACAGACCUGGUGUCUUGUUUGGGUUGGGUGUCACCGGAUGAAGUGUACUCCUGCGGUGAUGACCAACAGCUCCUCCAGUGGAACUUAGUGUCCAACGAGACCACGAAGGUAGUCCAAUUCCCCUCCAGCAUGUACCCCAUCGACCUGCAGUGGCUCCCCAAGACAGCCAUCCAGAAGACUAAAGUUGGGGCGGAGGUGUUCUUACUAACUGCUUGUGAUGGGAAGUACUACAUUGUGGGUCGAAGUGGCCGCAUCGAGAAGACUGUGGAGGCUCACCGCGGGGCUGUGUUGACGGGACAGUGGAGUCAUGAUGGGGCAGGACUCGUCACUGCUGGUGAGGACGGCUUGGUGAAGAUUUGGUCCCGCAGUGGCAUGCUACGCUCCACCCUGGCGCAGGUCUCGGUUCCGGUGUACGGGGCGGCGUGGGCACCAGACUCUGAUGGGGUGCUGUACACGAUGGGCACCAGCCUCAUCAUCAAGCCCCUCGCACCGAACUCCAAGCCCAUACAGUGGAAGGCUCACGACGGGGUGAUCCUGAAGGUGGCCUGGAACCCCAACACUGGCCUUAUCCUGUCUGGGGGCGAGGACACCAGAUACCGCGUGUGGGACAACUUUGGCCGCCAGCUGUACACCUCUGCCCCCCACCACCACCCCAUCACCUCCCUGGCCUGGUCCCCUGAUGGCCAACUGUUUGCUGUGGGUUCCUUCAACACCCUCAGGCUGUGUGACAAGGCUGGCUGGUGCCACGCCCUGGAGAAGCCCAACACCGGGAGCAUCUUUAACAUCGCCUGGUCCAGUGAUGGCACACAGUUCGCCGGGGCCUGCGGGAAUGGCCACGUCAUCUUCUCCCACAUCAUCGAGAAGCACCUGGAGUGGAAGAGCUACGAGGCCACCGUCACCAGCCGCAAGAGCAUCGCGCUGAGGGACGUGACCAACGAGGCGUGGGAAAAGCUGGAGAUGAGGGAUCGCAUCAUCAAUGUGUCCCUGUCUUACGGCUACAUGGUGAUCAUCACCUCCUCCCAGGGCUACAUCUACUCCACACGCAACUGGAACACGCCCUUCAUCUUUGACCUCAAGGAGUCCAACGUCAGCCUCAUCGUGCAGGCAGAGCGGCACUUCCUGUUGGUGGAUGGUGCCAACUUGUACGUCUACUCCUACGACGGCCGGGUGCUGUGUGCGCCACGCUGGCCUGGCAUGCGUACAGACGUGCUGAACAGUCGCACAGUCUCCCUCUCCAAUGACACCCUGGCCAUCCGCGACAAGAGUGACGAGAAGGUGGUGCACUUGUUCGACGCCACCACCGGCAAGGGGCUGAACGAUGGCAAGCCAUGGUCGCACAAGCUGGAGAUUGUGGAGAUAGCCCUGGACAAGGUUGGGUUGGCCCACGAGCGUCGCAUGGCCAUCGUGGACCGCAACCGUGACCUGCUGCUUGUGACCCUGCAGCGCGUGGGCAGCAUGAGCCGUGCAGUGAAGCUGGGUGGCAUGGUGCAAUCGCUGUGCUGGAACGAUGGUGCCAACAUGCUGGCCGCCCUACAGGACUCCAGGUUCACGGUGUGGUUCUACCCAGCGGUGGUGUUUGUGGACCGGGACAUGCUGCCAGCGACUGCCCUUGAGCGCGAUGCCUCAGAGUACGGUAAGAACGCAGCGGUGGACAGCUUCCUGGACUCAGUGGUGACGGUGCGGCGGGCAGACGGCAGCCUCGUGACCACCAGUGUGACGCCCUACCCCGCGCUGCUUCACAGCUAUGUCACCACCAAGCACUGGGACGAUGCUGUGCGCCUGGCCAGGUUUGUUAAGGAUGACAUCGUGUGGGCGUGUCUGGCAGCCAUGGCCACCGCCAACAAGGAACUCAACACGGCAGAGGUGGCAUAUGCGGCGAUAAAUGAGGCUGAUAAGGUCCAGUACAUCCACUACAUCAAGGAAAUCCCCAUCAAGGAGGUGCGUUCAGCUGAGAUGGCCCUGCUGGGAGGCCACAUAGGGGAUGCUGAGGCCACCCUUGUCCAGGCUGGCCUCCACUUCAGGGCCAUCAUGCUGAACCUGAUGACGUACAACUUUGAGCGUGCGCUGCAGCUGGCCAUCAGGCAGAAGACACACGUCGACACAGUGGUGGCCUACAGGAAGAGGUACCUGGCACGCUUCAACAAGACGGAGACGAGCAAGAUAUUCGAGCAGUAUGGGAAGCAGGUGACCAUUGACUGGAAGACCAUUAAUGAGAAGAUUGAGAUGGAGUACCAGAAGGAGAGAGAGAAGCCAUCUGGGUCUACAUAAGUCCACCCUCACUGGGACCUGAACCCCGGCAGCACGCCUCUCUCAGAGCUCAGUGCUUGUGUUGCUGUCAUAUAUAUUGCUGUAUACUUCUAUAUACACACCUAGAUGUUAAAGUAGGCAAUUAUGAGCUUCUAAUUUCUUUGCUGGCAAAGUAAUGGACUAUUUUUCUACAUCAAGAACAUUCCAAAAUUGAGGGGAAGCAAUAAAUAAUAUAUAUAUAUAUUUAAUUUUACCCAAAUUAAAUCAAAGUUGGAAAAUUGCCAAGUACUUUUUAUAGAGAAGCAUAUUUUGUUUUCACAUAGAUCUUUACUGUUUGCGUCCAGUAUUCUGUGAUAAUAUGACAAGAUUGGUGUAUAUGUGUGUUUGUGUGUGUGUGUGUGUGUGUGUGUGUGUGUGUGUAAUUCACCAUGGCCUGAUCACGAGUUGGACUCGCUUUUGCUAGCAGGUACCCUCACAACGUCAGCAAGUGCUCAUUAUUGUCGAUCUCUGAGUACUGUACUGUGUGUGUGUGUGUGUGUGUGUGUAUUUUACAACUCACUAUGGUCUGGCCAUGUGAUAGACUCAUGACUGCCAGCCAGUACCCUCCUCAACUGAGAUUAGAGUUCAGCAGUGACAGAUCUCUGGGUACGGAUGAAACCUCACCCACGCACACCCAGGAGGCAGGACACAACCUCCACCUGAUACGCGGCACCCAUUCACUGCUGGGUGGACAAGGGACACAGAUUAAAAGACUUUCCAUCCAUUGCCACUCUGCCUGGGAAUCAAACCCAUUACCUUUCAGUUGUGAGGUGAGUGCAUUAACCACUGCAUUGUGUGUGUGUGUGUGUGUGUGUGUGUGUGUGUGUGUGUGUGUGUGUGUGUGUGUGUGUGUGUGUGUUUUCUCUCUAACUAUACAUGAUAUAUUUUGUGCACUACAUAGACAUAAGCCUUUGUCCGUAACUUGUGGUAAAAAACCGCAGGUCUCAUCCAACGAAUACAAAUAUAUCUAGUCAUAAGCACAGUACCAGGAGUGUUAUUCAUAAACUAGUCCUGAAGAAAGUAGUCAAUAGGUUCUUAAAUUCUGUAUAGUUUAAGUAUUAUUAUGCACUGCCAUUGGCCUAUAUACAAAUUGACUUCAUUCCUCACUGUAAGGAAGCCAAACAAGUGAAUGAAUAAAAUUGUUAAAUGAA